AUGUCUCUGCAAGGCUCAGAUUACAAGCUGGCCACAACCAUUAAGGUUGUUACCCCAUCGAUUAGCCUGCCGCCUAAUCUGAAGCCCUGGCAGCGCAUCGAUUUGCCGGCUUGUGUCCAGUCGCGUCUCUUCGGCGACUGGGCUCAGUACUACAACCGUUGGCAGCUCAACAAAAAGGCGAUCGAGUAUUUCUCACGCUCAAUCACCGUGUGCGGGAGUAACGGGGACACCGUCUGUUCGAGGGUGAGCUGCCAACCACUUGCAAAGAGCGUUUGCCAAAAACUAUAUGAUACGCUGAAUAAGCGCAGCAGAUGCUGGCGAUCACUUGCACAGGCGGAGCUGGCGCUGAAAGACUCACGGCACGCCCACCAACUUCUGAAGCAGGAGGGCAUCUCGAAAGCCAGCAUUGUGCUCAGCAAAUGCGAUGCCCUCUUCGACUGCAACCGCUUUGAGGAUAAUCUGGUCAUGCUUCACAUGGAGGAGCGCAACUAUCCGGGGAAGUGUGUCAAGAAUUGCUUUCGGCUACGCAAAAAUCGCGCAAUCGGAGUACUUGAGGAUACACUGGGCGAUAGCUUGCAUUCCUUUCUGCUGGAUACUUGGCCAUUGAUUAUGGAGGCGGCGCACGUCCACCGUACAUCCGUCACAUUCAUGCCUCGGCCGUUGUGGCAGCAACUGAGCAACAAUAAUGGCUGCGACCUAGACAGCGUAGUCAAUAAGGAGAAGCCCUUAUUGUCACCUCUGGAAAAAGCGCGUCGCCAGGUGGACGAAAACGUCUACAACUAUCAUUAUCUGAGCAAGGCCGCCAACGAUGCAACCCUGUUGCAUCAACUAAAAAACGAUCACAAUCUUCUCAAUCCGCUGUUGCGGGAAUCCACACCCUAUUUGGCCCAGUUAACCACCGAGCAGUACAGGAUUGUCAGAAAGUUCACGAACAUGUUGCACGCCCGCAGACCGCUGUACCACAGCAAGCAGGAGAAGUGCCGCAUCAGCCAGAUCUGUGAGAGGAACCGCGAGAAGUACUUGUACCGCGUACAGUACCAGUGCCGACGCGACUGCCACAGCAUGCUGCGCGAGGUGAGGCAACGGCGACAGGAGCGCGACAUCGAGCGACUGACCGAAUACGUGGAGCACAUCAUGAGCACUAAUAUUGUACUAAAGACAUUCCGUGUGUUGCCCUGGAAGUGGGAGUUCAUCACUGAUGUGUUUAACAUACUGGGUUUGGCCCAUGUCGAUCGAUGUACAUUGCCGCAAAAAAUUGAUAUUUUGAACUGGCAAAAUUAUGCUUUGAUUUAUAUGCUGCCAAAGGAUCGGUUCAAGGACUUAUCGCUCGACCAUGGAAGUCACAAUGUCUACGCUGAAAUUGCUAGACAUGAGGAGCGAAUGAAUUGUGCCGCCAAGAAAGUGGAACGACUUGAGGAGCGUUUAAUUUACUCCCGGUAUGGCAUCGAAAGGACGUAUCUGCUCUUCGAAAUAGCGCGAUGUCACUUCAAGGAGGCGCGCUUCGACAAGGCUUUGACGAUGGCUCACAAGGCCGCGAAUGAGGCACGCAGUUGCAACAGCACCGUUUGGCAUUUGAAUUGCACCUUUCUGAUCUCUCAGGUGCAUGCGGCAUUCAAUCGCUUCCAGCGCCUCAGCCAAUCGCUUAACAGGGCAAAGCAGCUGGCUGAGAAGCUAAAGUCGCUCAAGAUGAUGGCUUUUCUGGCGCUCUUGAUCGCAAUCAACAAUUUCAAGCUGGACAAUUAUCGCUGGCGUCAUUUGGAUGCCAGUCAACGAAAGGCGCGCAGGCGCAAGGAUCGCCAAUCUCUGCAAUCCAUCGAUUCGAGUGACAACCAUUCAGGUCACACCAUACGUUGAAUCUUCCUCUGCGUGAGGGUCAAGACCGGGGUCAGGGUCAUGAACUGCUUGCACUAAUUAUGAACUGCUUGACA